AAUCGGAGCGGGCUCGCAGUUCGCGAAUCAUCUCGGAACAAUUCGUAAAACCGUGUGCACAAAGUGUAAUCCAUUAUUUUGCGGAUCUUGCCACGCGCGCGUUCCUCUCGAUCCGCGAUCUCGUAGAGUCCGCGUGGAUCUCGUGAAUAAUUUGACUGAAAAUUCUCUCUUUCAGUUGAUCGUUCCAGCUAGUUCGUGUUAGGAUAUUGCUGCUCUCUGAGGACCAACGAUACGUCCACGGCAUUACAAGAGAGACAGACUGUGCAACAUGACGGAUAUUUUUACACGAAGAUAUAUUUAACGUUUCAAGAUGUAUACGGAGUGGCAGAAGGGUGAGUUGGUGUGGUUCGACCCUGGCGUGGGUCAUGUGCUACCAGGCGAAGUGUUGGAAUACCAUAGAGCCGCCAAUGUACUUUCGGUGCAGGCGGUAAUAGCCAGCAAGCCGCAAGUCUUUACUCUCACCAAUCUGAGCGGGGUAAAGCCGAGGCAGGACUUGGGUCAAAAUGGUGUGGAGGAUAUGAUUCAGUUGACAGAUCUGAACGAGGCGUCGCUAUUAUGGAACUUGAAGAUCCGUUACGACAAAGAACUGAUUUACACGUACACAGGAAGUAUCCUCGUAGCGGUGAAUCCGUACAAGAUGUUCGACAUUUACGGGCUGGACCAGGUGAAGCUCUACGAGGGACGGAUCCUUGGGACACUUCCGCCGCAUUUAUUUGCCGUGGGUUCUUCCGCGUACAGCCAGGUAACCGCGGCCAAUAAUGCUAGUGCCAAUCAAGUGGUCGUCAUUUCCGGCGAAUCCGGCUCGGGAAAGACGGAGUCCACCAAGCUAGUAAUGCAAUAUCUCGCGGCGGUCAAUCGCGCCCCGAAUAAUCUCGUCACCGAGCAGAUUCUUGAAGCGACGCCGCUCCUGGAAUCCUUUGGGAAUGCCAAGACGCCACGGAACGACAAUAGCAGUCGAUUCGGAAAGUACUUGGAGGUCCACUUCAGAGACGGUGCGAUCAUAGGCGGUAGAAUAACACAGUAUCUUCUAGAAAAGAGUAGAAUAGUAACUCAGGCUUCGGAGGAGAGAAACUAUCACGUGUUCUACGAGCUUUUAGCUGGACUCGAUCAGCAACUCAGGGAUAAAUACGGUCUUCUCACACCGGACAAGUACUUUUAUUUAAAUCAGGGCGGAAACUGCGAGAUAGAUGGCAAGAGUGACGUUCAGGACUUCAAGGCGCUCCUGUCGGCCAUGCAAGUCCUAGGUUUCACGUCCGAGGAGCAGGACACAAUUUUCAAGAUCUUAGCCAGCGUAUUACACCUGGGCAAUGUCUACUUUCACCGGAAGCAAAUGAGACACGGCCAGGAAGGUGUGGAAGUCGGUUCCGACGCUGAAAUACGUUGGGCGGCACACCUACUUCAAGUGAAUUCCGACGGUAUCAUUCGAGCGCUCACUACAAAGACGACAGAAGCGAGAAACGAGAGGGUCUUCACGGCCCUGAAUAUUGACCAAGCUCUUGAUGCCAGGGACGCUUUCGCGAAAGCUCUGUACAGUUCGCUCUUUUCGUGGCUAGUCGCCCGCGUCAAUCACAUCGUCUACAAAGGCACGAAGCAAACUGCCGCUAUUUCGAUCCUCGACAUCUUCGGCUUUGAAAAUUUUACGGAGAACAGCUUCGAGCAAUUGUGCAUCAACUACGCGAAUGAGAACCUGCAGUUUUACUUUAACAAGCACAUUUUCAAGCUCGAGCAGCAGGAAUACGCAAAGGAGAAAAUCGAUUGGACUACUAUCAACUAUACGGACAAUCUACCAGUCAUCCAUUUAAUCGCCAAAAAACCAGUAGGCAUUCUUCAUUUGUUGGACGAUGAAAGCAACUUUCCCAAAGCAACGGAUCUUUCAUUCUUGGAGAAAUGCCACUACAAUCACGCACUAAGCGAGCUGUACUCGAGGCCCAGGAUGAGCUCCGCCGAAUUCGCGAUCAGACACUACGCUGGACAAGUCUGGUACAACGUAGAAGGCUUCCUGGAUAAGAACAGGGACACUUUGCGACCGGACGUGGUUGAGUUGUUAAUCAGCAGCAAAAUUACGAUGGUCAGCAAGAUGUUCCAGCAUGUCAGGACUACCCACGAAGCUAACAAGACGGUGAACAAGCCGAAUGGCAGAUUCGUCACGAUGAAGCCGAGAACUCCGACAGUUUCGGCCCGAUUUCACGACAGUCUUCAACAGCUUUUAGAUUCUAUGUCUCAGUGUAAUCCGUGGUUUGUCCGGUGCAUCAAGCCAAACACCGAGAAAGCGCCGAUGAAAUUCGAUAUGCCCUGCGUGCUCGAGCAGUUGAGAUACACGGGAAUGCUGGAAACGAUUCGCAUUCGAAAAACUGGUUACCCAGUUCGUCUUCUGUUCGGGCACUUUGUGGAUCGAUAUCGUUACCUCGUCUCGACGCACUUGCCCAGAGGAGCGCCCAAUAAGGAGCUUUGCAGAAUUAUCUUGGACAAGGCCGCGCCGAAAGAGGCACAAUCGCAAUACCAGCUCGGGCUCACGAGAGUCUUCUUGCGCGAAUCGCUGGAGAGAGCUCUGGAAUACAACAGGGCGUUGAUUUUGGAGAGAGCUGCCAUCACAGUUCAGAGAUAUACGAGAGGUUUCUUAGCACGCAGGAGAUUCCUCAAUAUUUCGCGGAGCACAGUGCUGAUACAAGCGGUGUAUCGCGGUUACCGCGAACGUAAGCAGUUCCGCGCGAUGAGAAAGGGUGCUCUAAUGGCGCAGAAACUUUACAGAGGAAUGAAGCAACGAGAGAGAUUCACAAUGUUGAAGGAAGAAAUGGCAAAGAGAGCGGAGAUCGAAAGGGCUAGCAAGGAGCGAGCUAAGGCGAAACAGCAACGGGAGGAACAGGAAAGAACGUCGCGAGCUGUUGCUGGUGUAAACCAUUUGGAGAUUCCUGCAGAACUGGCCUUUAUUUACAGCAAACUCGAUGAUUGGCAACCCACGCACACCGAGCGAAAUCUUCUCAAGGUUGUCGGCCAAGUCAUCCCGAUGACCUAUGCCUACACUCUGCCGCCUGAUAUCGACCAGUAUCAGUUCUCAAAGUUUACCAACAUUUAUUUCAAGAGUCACAUCUUCGGAAUGAAACGUGAACCGAUUAAAACACCGUUCCUAGCGAAGGCGCGCGAUCAAGACUACACGGAUUCUCUCAUGAUCUUCAAAAUGAUCCUACGCUUUAUGAACGAGAACAAUCUUAACGGCAAACGGGAGCAGGCGCUAGGCGAUUAUAUCGUUAACAAGGGUAUCGUGAACGAAAAGCUGCGGGACGAGAUACUGUGCCAGCUAGCGAAUCAAACCUGGAAGAAUGACAACGAUGCUAACAAGGAGAGAGGAUGGCUGCUGCUAUCGAAUUGCUUGUCAGCGUUCCAACCUAGCGCUACUCUAUUCAAGUAUCUUCUAAAAUACGUUUCCGAUCAUGCCUACGACGGCUACAAGGCUUACUGCCAACGCAAGCUGUUGCAAGGGGAGAGAACGGUGUACCGUGUAAUGAAUAAUAAUCAGCAAACGGUGCAUCAAGUACCCAGGAAUUACCCGCCAUGCGUCCUAGAAUGGCGAGCCAACAGGAAUCGCGUCAACAUGGCGCUCAACGUUGGCUUCUACGACGGUGAGACAACUACAUGCGCGAUAGACUCGUGGACAACGUGCGAAGAACUGGCGAAUCUCGCAGUUCGGAAUCAUGGGGUGGAGAACAUCGGUUGGACUAUUACGCUUUGGAACCAGCUGGACGGUCCAGAUGCUAUCGUGACAGAGACCAACGGCUUCGAUUAUGUUCUAGACUUGAUUUCAGAGAUGGAAUUGGCACCAGCUUUCCCAGCUGCCAAGCACAUGUUCUUGGAACAACGCAGGAAUAGCCUACCGCCUAUCAAGAAACGAGAACAUGUCCAAGUCAUUCGAGAGUUGGAACAAGAAAUGGAGAUUCCCAUCUUGAAGACCUUCCAACCUUUGGAAAGGAAAUCAGUGCUAAAAACAGUUGAUAAGCCCGUUGAGCCGGAAAUUCAGGCGCCGAGACGACCAGUCGUUCCUCCGCCGCAACCACCUGUUGUAAAACCACCCAUACGGAAGCAAUCGCACGAGGCCAUUUUGGAGACUACAACGGAAAUGGGAUUGUCGAGGAAAUCCGCUCUAAACGAUCGCUAUUUCGAAAAGGAGAAGCAGCGCAGUCGAAGUUUGGACAACUUACUUCAACCGGAAGUCGUACCGUCACCGGUAAAGCUCGCGAAUCUCGGACUGUCCUCAUCUAAAUUGAACGAACGAUAUCACAGUUUGGAGAAGAUCGGCGAGACUCCCGCGGUCAGCAACGUCGAAUACAUGACGCGCAGUGAGAUCGCGCAAGAGAGGAAGUACAGCUUCAGAGUCACGAGGACCACGGAACCCAAUAUCGAGGAGGAAGAUCUCACGAUCGACUUUGAGUAUCCCGAUAUCCAGUCCGUCAGUCAGACCGGGAGGUCGGAAGAUGAUAAGAGCUACAUUAGAUCACAAACCAGAUUUAUCAAGUCACAAUAUCCUGGUAAACGCGCGCUGCCGGGAAGCCAAUCUAGUCGCGCUUACAUCGAAAAGAGUGAGUAUGGUGUAAAAUCAUCUGCCAUGUCUGAUACCAGUGAGGCGCCUUCUCUGGCAUCGCACGUGCGACGCGUGAGAGUACCCAGCCAGGCUUCCGACGUGGAUCAGUUCUUGGACGAUCUCUUCAUGCCUGUGCUGGACGGUAAUCUCGACGAGUUAUCGGAUGCCCGUAGUUUAGCUGCUUCAAUAAAGGGUUCGCACGAUACGAAGCCACCUGGACAUCAAACAGUUUUUGAAAAUGUGCAAAGGACUGACGAUCAACCUACUGAGCCAACUAGCGUCGAUGACUUUGUCGGGAGAAUGAUGACGAGGAACGGGGAUGCCGAUAUCGGCGCGGAUGAACUGUCAAGAAAAAUCAAAGGAGGCGGCAACAUGGACAUUCCUAAUCAGAACGCGGCAUUUAAUUUUAGCCCGAUCGCGCAGAGUAUGAUGUCGCCGCCUAUGAUGAUGCCGAUGUUCAGUCCUACUCAACAAGUUCCAUCCGCUCAGAAUAGUAAUAUGAGCAUGGGUGCAGGCUUCAUGCCGAUUCCGAUCUACAGCAUGCAAGGACUCAGUUUACCGCAAUACCCCAACUCACCACCCGGCCAAGCCAACGACAUGAUGGCGUACCAGCAAAAUCUCCAACGAGCUUUCCUGCAAAGCGCGAUGGCGCAGAAUAUUCAGAUACAGCAGCAGCUGCUGGCGCAGAAUCAAGCUCUGCAGCAACUAUUAGUCCAGAGCCCGCAAAACUCGGCACAGCAACCGGUUUCCUUUAGGGAACCCGAAGACGGUGAACUAUGGUCAAGCGAGAAGAGGGGAACAUCCGUUCUGUCCACGCCAAUGAGUCAACGGCAAGAAACGAUGACGGUAAAGGCUCAAAUUCACAGAUCCCAGAGUCCACCGAAGAAGAAUUCCGAAACCAGAAAGACGAGCACCGAUUACGCUCGUAAGAUUAGUGUGGAUCGCAAAGUGACGGACAGAAAGUCUACGGCGCAGAUGGAUGUAAAGAGAACUAAUCUGAAUAAGAACAACGUGCAGAGCAACUUUACCAACGUUCUCAGCGAGCUGAAAAACAGAAAGAGCAGCGUGGACAGCAAUCUUUCAAACUCUAGCAAUAACAAAGGUGUUCCACCACCUCCGCCGAUGCCACCACCUUUGGAAUCCCACGAUCCUUCAGAAUCCAGGCCGUUCCUCGAUCCGUAUGGAAGAGCGAAAACAGUGCGCAUUGGAAAAUGGAGAUGGCCACCACCCAGUGACUCGAAUGAGACCCAGGGACAAGACAGUUAUAUAGAAUUCAAGAUGCGUCAGCAACAUCAGCAACGCAAGAUAACGCCACAGUAUCAGGAGUACGAUCAAGGCGAUGGCGAACCCACAACGGAAGGUGGCGUCGAGUGGGAAGAAUUUGAGAUUGAAAACAUCGUCAGCAAUGAGGAUCGAUCCAUGGUUGCGCAUCCAUCAACAGCUACGUCCAAACACGAGAACGGAUAUAAAGAAGAAGGAGAAAAGAAAAAGAAGAAAUCGAAAUCGGCUUUGGAAGUAGGCGCGCAGAGACCGUCGCCGGGAAGCAUAGGAAAGCUGAAGCUCAGUUCGGAAAUGAGACAAAGAUUGGAAAAGGUAACGGCAAAUCACAGCGUGAGAUCUACGAAAACGGUUGAGAAGCCAGCUCUUCCACGAGAAGAUGGGAAAGUUAAACGGUUGGAGGAUAAUAGGAAGCUCCUGUUAGAGCAGCAAUUGGGUGGUAGAUGGGAUGAUUAUGCUUCCACUGUGGAUGACACGCAAAGCAUUACUUCCAAAGGUACGACCGACAUGAUGACGCAAGCUCAGGUGGUGAGGACGCAAAUUGAGAGAAUGGAACGACCUGUACCGCCACCACCACCCAUCACGCCGCCGCAGCUACCAAGUCCAAGAGGUGGUAGCGUAUACAGCAACAGUCAAUCCGGCGUACCUCAGCCGCGAUCACCACCAGCGCCGAUCGAGCCGAAGACUCGUGACUCCUUCCGCAUGUCUCCUGACUCCGAGACCUUCGAUCAUUUCCCGAAGAACCAAAUGUUCAGCCAAAGUCGGGACAUAUUUGCUUCGCAGCAGCAUUUGCGGGACGGACACGACUAUCGAAACGACUUUGAGAAGAUUCGCGUUCAAGACGGCAAAUCGAAAGAUUUCUAUGGAAAGGACAGCACCGAUCUGGCGAGCUCAAUGCGUGACCGCAACUCCGACUUUGACUCACGCCGCGAUCUAAACUCCGAUCUCUUCGACUCCAAGUACGCAUUUGAUGGAUCAAACGGCAAGCGUGACCCGUUCGGCAUGACUCGGGACGUAUCUCCGAAAUCACGAGACAGUUUCGGGAUGCCAUCGCCGCGGGAUUUUGGCGUCAUUCCGAACACGAGGGACUCCUUCACCGUUGCGCGACAGAGCUUCAACAAACUGGAUCAAGAUAUGGACAGGCGAUCAAGCGUAGCCUCGACUCAUCGCACCGACAAGAUGGAAAGGAUUGAGAUCGAAGAGUGGCCAGAAUUUCUCAAACCGCUAUUACCGCCGGCAGACAAGCCAGAAAUCGAGAAGGUCCAGGAAAUGGUGAACACCAAGCUCUAUCCACAAACUUCCAACGCGCAUUUCACGUAUAAUAGAGUCACGUGGACGCUGAGGGUGAAAAAAGAGGUCUUUGCUCCUAACGAGACGCUGAACAGCCCCUUGGCGUUGCACCUAGUAUUCUGCCAGGUUGCGUACGACGUGUUAGCGACCUCCAGCAUCAGGAUCACCAAGGAGGACCGACAGAACAUGCUGAAGAUGCUGGAUAAUUAUGGCGUCACGCUGGACAAUCUCCAAAGCACGCAACACAAGAUCACGAUUAAGAAGAACAUUGUCGAUAUGGCGAAGCAAUGGCCGUUGUAUUUCGCUAGGAUAUUCCCCGUAUCGAUCGGUCCGCAGCAUCCGGAAACGCAACACGUCGCAGUGUCGCACCACGGGCUUCGUUUGAUCAAGCGCACGCCUAACGGUGACCUGAUCAUCUUGGAGACUCUGCCGCUGGAGGACAUCGUCUCCGUGAAUUCCUCGAGGACGGGUAUCUGCGUGCUGCAGAUUGCGUCAGGCGUGAGGUUGCCCUUCCACACGAACCGGGCCCCGCAACUAGCGGAGAUGAUCAGCAGAUACGUCAAGCUGACCGAUCAGAAGCCUCUUCAGAAGAUAAACCAUCACGAAAAUCACGUAUCCCAGAUCACAAAGACAAUUCAAUCGCAGGCAAAUCACGUGAAUCACAUCCAAUCUCACAAUCAUUCCAAUCACGUAAUCUCCGAACAUGAGAAUCACGUAGCGAUUGGUCGUGUGCCCAACCACGUGUCGGCCGUCAACCAAGCGAACCAUCAGAAAAACCUGCAAAACCAGCGAUUAAGCCCGACCCAAGAAUGGCGACAGCCGGACGAUAAUGUCAGACUCCAGGAAGAGAAUAUCUACGAAAGCAGACCGGUCGUCAACGACGGCAAGCACUCGUUGUUGCAGUAUGCCAUGCUAAACUUCCGCCAAAGCACAGAAAAAUUCGAGAUGCUGAAAACCGCAGACGGAUCGAUCAGUGGGUCUCUCAAAGUGAUCGAGUCGUUGAAGAGCAAGAAGAAGAACAAGAAGGGCAAGGGUCAGCAAGACGGUACCGAGUGGACUUGGAAAGAACAGGUGGAUCUGGUCAAGUACUCGACUGUUCCCAUCGAGCAGAGCCUGCUCAGGCUAGACGCGGACUUGAGCGUUCUAGCCGUGGAGUGCUUCUUGUGUUUGAUGAGGUACAUGGGGGACCAGCCAUUGCCGCCUGAUACUAGCGAAGUCAAGUGCGUCUACACCAUCCUUAUGCACUGUCACAAGUACGAGCAGCUGCGCGACGAGGUAUACUGCCAGUUAAUGAAGCAGACUACCAAUAACAAGAGUCCAAAUCCGGAGAGCUGCCAACGCGGUUGGCGGAUCUUCAGCAUUAUCGCCGCGUACUUCACAUGCAGCGAGGGCCUGAAGCCCUACCUGACCAAGUACCUUGAAACAGCGGCGUAUGACAAACGCCGCGCCUACCAUGGUACCGCGAUGGUCUGCUUGCAGAAUCUCAGGAAGACCGUGAAAUACGGCGGGCGUAAGAACGUGCCUAGCGUGGAGGAGAUCAUGGCGAUUAGCGCGGGCAGGAAUGCAAAACGGCAGAUCUACCGGUUGCCCGGCGGCACCGAGAGGGUCAUUAACACCAAAUGUACCACCGUAGUCCAGGAUGUUAUUGAGGAGAUGUGCAACGUCAUCUUUGUGAGAAAUCCCCAUGAGAUGGACGAGUUCUCGUUGUACUGCAUCGUUGACGGCGACGCGUUCACCAUGCCAUUAGCCAGGGACGAGUACGUCUUGGACGUAACCACGGAGCUGCAAAAGAACCAUCAAGUGUUCUAUUUAAUAUUCUGCAGGUCCGUUUGGUAUUAUCCACUGCGACUGGACGCGGCAUUGUACAUAGAAGUCGUCUUCAACCAAAUCGCUCCCGAUUAUCUGGAAGGACUUCUGCUGGUUCUGCCUGGAGAACACUUACCUCAAGAAGUAAUAUAUGACAUGGCGCAAAUAGCGGCGCUGCUGCACAGAGCAGCCGACAUGACGCACGAGCCCGCAACGAAGGAAAUUAAAUAUCUAUUGCCGAAACCAGCGCUUAGCUUGAGGGAACCCAGACCGCAACAGUGGUCCAACAUGGUUCAGCAAGCCUGGAACAACGUUCAGCACUCCUCGGCAGCCGCCUGCAAGGCGCAAGUGCUCGAAAUAUUGUCCAAGUGGCCACUUUUCGGCUCGAGUUUCUUCGCGGUAAAGAGGGUACCUGAGGGCAAGGAAAAAGGCGCCGAUCAUAUUCUCGCUCUCAAUCGGCACGGAGUGCACUUUAUAGAUCUGAUCACGCAUGAAACACUGUAUCAUUAUCCCUACUCCGAGGUGAUCUCCACGAGGAAGGUCAAAUCUGAGGAGGGCACGCUCUACCUUGACAUGAAGUGCGGCAACCUGAUGCAGCAGCGUAUCACCAGACUGCAAACGGAACAGGCUCACGAGAUCUCCCGUUUAAUCAGGCAAUACAUCACCAUGGAGCAAAGGGCGUCCAACACGCAGGGUGCCGGCAUCGGUCUCGGCAUGAGAUAAAGCUUCUUCGUUACGCGAAGUCCUUCCUUCGCGACCGAUAUCCGAUGCGGAUUAUUCGCAAUCUGCAGGUCCGUGACUAGAUCAAGUCUUGGACUAAUGUACUGUAAUGUAGAGGGGCUGCGAAUGUAACAAGGGAACGAGGGAAAACAAGGGAAAGCCUGAUUUACGUUACGUACAAUACUGUCCUUGAUAUAAUUUGUAGGAGAAGGUACCAACCUUAACAUUUAAGCUAUAUAGGGUACCAAGUAGGGUAGAUUCGCUCGAAUGCGCUGGUCCGAGUCAUGACUGAUGACGAUACUGCUAAUCUGUUGUCAGGGAUAUUCUUAGGAUUCGCUGGAAGGAAGGAUCGUGAAAAAACGGAUGCUCAAGUAUCUAAGCCGUCCAUAUUAAGUCGAAACGAUGGACUUGUAUAGCAUUUAUUUAUAUUAAAGAUUUCAUUAAAAAAAGAAGAAAUAGAGAUUACAUCCAUCGUGGCGGUAAUAUUAACAUACGUCUUGAUGAGUGAACGGAAGGACUAACCACGCAUCGAUUAUAUGUUAUCAUCAAAAGAUUAUUAAUAAUAAUUGUAUGUAUGCAUAUAGGAGUA